AUGGAUGCCAUCAAUCCGAAAGCAAUGGAAGAAUUGGAGGCGAUUGUAAAAAAAUUUAACGGUGGUGAUGAACUCAAGGUUGGAAAAUUGUUGGAAACUCCGAAGAUAAUCCUUGGUUUAUCGAUUGACAAAGGCUUGUACAUCCGACAGGAAUAUUGGGACCUUUAUGAAAUCAUCGAGCAACAAAUGAGGUCAGAUUCAUCGCUGUGUAGAAUUCUUGUGGUUGGCAGUCCUGGGAUUGGAAAGUCGGUGUUUGGGUUAUUUUUGCUUCUGUUGUUCAUGACGAAACAUAAGGAUGUGGCUUACCGCCCGCUAAAUAGAUCAUUAAUCUUCUUCACUUGGAGAACUUAUUGUUACGUGAGUUCGUAUACGCCGCAUGCUGGAAGGACCUACGAUGGAUUUUUCGAUGGAAAUGAAGCCGGUGAAGCAUCGUGGUUAGAUGUACGGUUCAACCGUGCGUUUCUGUUUGCCAGUCCGCGAACUGUUAACUACAACCAAUUUGUCAAGACGAAAUGCUUUAAGGUGUAUAUGAAUCCAUGGACCAAGGCUGAGUGCAAGGCAUUUGCCGAUGCGAUCCACUUGGAUGAUCAAGACGAGUGGAUUCGAAAGUUCAGACUCGUUGGAGGCAAAUCAAGAUUAGUGUUUGCAUCAUCUGGAAACUUUGAUCACAUGUUACGACGUGUGAAAAUGGAUAUACCGAGUGAUAUCAGUGAGUUAAAGAACCAGGUACGGCAACUCGAGCAGGAGAAUUUUGAUGGAAACAUGAAGCAUAUUGUUUUCAAGCUCUAUCGUGAUGAGAACGCGCCCAGCUUUUCGUACUGGACAUAUUCAUCCUCGGCAGUCAAGGCGAUCAUGAAAGUGCGUUAUCAAAUUCAAUCUGCUGAUGCAAUUCGCAGAUUGUUGCAGACUCCAGCCCCGAAUUUGCAGUGGUGGCGAGGCAAAGAAAUCGAGAAGUUCCUGCUGCAAGAUCUUGCUACCAGCGAAUUUUGUAUGAGAGCACUCGAAGGUAGCUCUGUCGGAACUGUCACGCGACAUGGUCCAUUAAUAAAAAAUGCAGCGUAUGAAAUUAUUCAAGCGCCAUCUGAAAUUCAGAAUAAACUGGUGCUGUACAUACCGUUAUCAAAGACUUUUUUAUCAUUUGAUGGUGUGCUUGUCGUCCCACAAGAUGGUCGUAUUAUCUACGUUCAGGCGACGGUGGCCUUAGAUCAUCCCAUCAAAUAUCAACAGCUGAAACAUGUCUAUCAGGAUUUGACGCGGCGCCAUGAGUUUCAAGGCUUUGCACACGUUUUACUCUUUAUAGUCACAAACGAAAUCUACGAUAUUUUCACUGUUCAAUCUUACAAAAACAAAGAUGGGAAGAACCGCAGAAUGAAAGUUGAUAUUGACGUGACGCAGUAUGCUGGAAAGAUUGUUCGGCAAUAA